AUGUCCCAACUUGUGAAACAAAUAUCUGUGUUUACCACCGCUGAACAGUAUCAGAAGAUAAUCCAUCAAUUGCUUGGACAACUUUCCAGAACUCGAGAAACCGUUGCUGAUGAGGCAGCUGUAGAGAACAAUAUUCUGAUAAUAAGAAACCACAUUGAGCAACUUUUGGAAAAACGAUUCGUAGUUUUGGCAUCCCCGGAACUUGGAGAUGAUGAGUUUGAAGACGAGUGGAAUGUUCUUGUUUGGGGUCUUCUGGUAUGCAUUGUUCGUUUACCACAGACAAUCGAAAAAGAUUCUACAACGGAAAGUUUGAACCUAUACUUGAUUCGCCUGAUCAAUAUGGCUCGCCCUCUACGGCUUCCAAAAGUGUCUGUUGAGAGAGAACAAUGGUGGAAUCAGUUUUUCGAUCAAUUCAACAACCUCUUGCAUUUUUUGCACGGAUUGCUCUCCCAGUUGCAAAAUCCAAAUUGCAAUGUUGAAAUCAAGAUGAGAGCAUUUUUCACGAGACAGCUCCGACCAUGUUUGGCAGCAUUUCGCCGAGGAUGUGUUGAAAAUUCCCCUUUACUUCAUACGGAACUCAGAAGAGUUCAAGUUGAAAAUUUGUCAAAUCAUGGAAAACUGCUAGAAGAUGACUUACGAGAAAUCAAAAAGUACUACUCAAGUCUAACCUACAUUUUGGGUAUUCUAGCAAUCCGAAUUCAAGGUCUUCGAUUUGAAUGUCAAAGUUCUUCCACGAAUAUGUAUGCUACGCCAGAUACUUUAUGGCAGCUAUUGCAAGAAGUAAUGAUGACUUAUGAGCAAGUUAUGAAUGAUGCUUUGAUGUGUAAUGAGCCCAGUGGCUCACCAAUAAUGGUGACAAAUAACCUUUUUACGUUCACAUGCUACUCUUUGAAUAAGACUCUCUUCUACAACUCAUUCGAUAUUCAAAUCGUCAGUGAAGAGACAGCAGCGGCAAUUCAAAAUGAGAUAAUUCAAUGUAGAAUGGGAUCAAGUUCUCCAAAAGAACCAAAAUUAUUUCCAUCUGCUGCUUUGAUUGCAAUGAAGCCAACAACUGGAGUGAAAAGGAACAAUGCAACUGCAAAUCAAAAAGGAACCGGAGGAAAUACUGCACACAAGAAAUCAGAUGUUAAUAGUCAGGAAUUUGUUACAAUUCCUGCGUUGUUCAGUGAGCCAGACCGAGCCUUUCAAACUACUUAUCCCCAUUUAUUAUGCACAACCAGACAAAAAGAUGCCGUUCUUCUGGACACAAAAUCUGGUGCAACUGGAAAACGGCCUCUGUUCUAUUUCUACAUUCGUGCUAAAACUUGGUCUCCAUCUGGUGAUGAUUUCUAUGUGCGAACAUUAUCACUUCCAUUUACAAUCAGUACAAGAAGAAAUCAAGAUUGUCAAGUACAAAGAAUGAAUUCAUCGUAUACGGCAACUUGUUUUUGGAUGUACGGAACAUGCUCCUUCAAUGGAUUACUUCUGAACUGGAAUGAAAAUCCAUUGACAUGGACCCAAUUUAAAGAACUCACACGUCGGUACUUCAUGGUCAACGGAGAAGUCAAACGUACAAUGGAGGAAUCUGAUUAUGCCCUAUUGGAAGACAAAAUGCAUUGUGAACAGUGUGGAGACGAUACCGAUGACCAACAUGGAGAAAACUGCAUUAGUUUCAAGAAUAUUCUCUGUUCCCAUUUGAGAUUCGACACUGACACCGUCCAAAUGCGAUUCAGUGUUUGGAGGGGAAUUCUCGAAGUUCUUCAGAUAUUUCAAGAUCCAAAAGCAGCUGUGGUUGAAACUGUAUCUUUCGCUGCGAGAACCAGUCACCAUCACCUCGAAAUGCUCCCACCACACAAUCCGAACCUUCGUUCUGCUUCUUCUCUUGUUCCUGAUCACAAUGCUAGUUUCGAGGAGUUCAUGGAUGAUCUGACCAACAGCUCAAAUGACGAUUAUAUUCCAUCCCUCGACUUCUCACAUACUAAUCACUCUCUUCGCGUUUAG